UCCUGGGACGUCUCGCUUACUAUGUGGCCCAGGUUCUCUGCUGGCAACCCACAAUGCCAGUCUCUGAGAGGGCACUGAAGGAUGGGCAGGAGUUAAGUGAUGUCACUCUCAUGUCAGCAUACUUUGGAACUCCUAACCUGACAGGGGUCAUCUAUUCAAAUGCUUCCAACGCUGAAGGCCCUGUAAAUGAAGGAGGCUGUCCAGUGGAAAGGACUCACCUGGCCCCUAUGAGUGAAGGCUGGACAGAUCUCAGAACUUAUCUCAAGCAUUUUUUCAUUUAUGGAACAAAAAUACUGUAUCAGACCAUCAACGCUCCACAGUCUAAGUUCUUCCCGCCCCUUCCAAAGCCUAUGCCACCAUCUGAUGCCUUUCAAGGAAAUGCGGGCAUUCAUUACUGGAGGAGGAAUAUUGAUGUUUUGAAAGCUACUGCAGAAGGUACUUUUCAGAUGGGAAAUAAGGUUCAUGCGAUUCAGUGUGAUGUGAGGGAUCCUGAUAAGGUGCAUAACACUGUGCUGGAGCUGAUCAGAGUUGCAGGGCAUCCUGAUAGCAUCCCUGUCAUGGGCCUCUUCUCCCACAACCUGAUCCAACCCUCAUUGUCUCCCAAAAGCUUCACCUCCAAACACCAUACAUUAGAGAUUGGGAUUUCAGCAUAUGGAUUAUGGAGGAACACAGCGAUUGUGCUUUAUAAUUUAUGAAGUAUUUUCCUAUAACAGUAUGGAAGCUCCAUGAAACCUGAGUACCAUGUGCUGGGAUAUAGCCAGAGAAGAGUAAAUCCAUGUAUAAUACAGCUUUAAUGUUGUUUUUGGUUUGUGCAAACAAAUAAAUUCUGUAUGUGUAAAAACAGCAAACUUAUGCUCUUAGGCAACCAUUACUGUAGUCAAGACAGAAUAUUUUGAUUACCUUCUAAAGUUCUCUUUUGCUACUCUUCAGUCUAGCAGAUUAAAUCUUUAGAUCAUUUUUUAUCUACUGUUUCUCUUAUUCCCAUUGGUUGAAGCUAAUAGCCAUCUGAUCUGAUUACUUUGUCAAAUAUAAUACAUAGUUAGAAUAUUUCCUACCAGUCUAAUGGCUUGCCUUUCAUUUCUUUAAUACUUUAUUGAACAGAAGAAAUUUAAAUAUGGGUAAAUCUGUCAAACUACUUUGUAAAUUGGCUCUUCCAUAUUGAAUUCCCAAUAGCAACUUAUAGAUUGCAGUCACCUCAAAUCAUUGCUAACACUUGCUAUUGUUAAUCUUUUUAAGUUUAAGCAAUCAAUUCUAGGGAUGCACACUUAC